AUGAAAGUCCGAAUUUGUGAUAUGAUAGACAUAACCAUUACCACCCCUGAGGAAACUGGCUGGCUGACAGGGCGCACUUGGGGAAUGCGAUAUCAUGAAUCUGGCCCAGAGACAGUGACUUUUGAGGAUGUAUUUGUGAACUUCACCACGGCAGAGUGGGCUCUGCUGAAUCCAUCCCAGAAGAAGCUCUAUAGAGAUGUGAUAUGGGAGACAUUUAUGAAUAUGAGUGCUGUAGGAAAAACCAGGGAUAACCAGCAAAUUGAAGAAGAAUACAAAAAUUAUUCAAGAAAUUUAAGAAAUGAUGCAGACAAGUAUUUGAGAUUUGAAGAGAAGCUAUAUCAGCAUAAUGAACUCGGAAAAGCUUGCAGUGAUGUCCGGUCCUUACAGAAGCAUAAAAUGAGAAAGACUGGAGAGAGACCCUAUCAAUAUAAGCAAUGCGAGAAAAUUUACUCUGAUGUUAGUGAACAAACUCAGGCUGGGAAGAAGACUUUUAAAUCAUGGCGUGGGACCUCUACAUGUAUACAACAGUGUGAGGAAACUUGUGUUUCUUCACACCAUGUUCAAGUACAUGAAAAAAGUCAUACUGGAGAGACACCCUAUGUUUCUAAAGAAUGUGCAAAAGCAUUAGCUCAUAGUAAUUCCUUUCAAAAGCAUAAAGUAACUCACACUGGGAAGAAACUCUCCAUAUGCAAGCAAUGUGGGAAACCUUUCACUAAAAAGAGUAAGCUUCAAAUACAUGAAAGAAUUCACACUGGAGAGAAACCCUAUAUAUGUAAGCAGUGUGGAAAAGGAUUUGUCAGUAAUUCCACACUUUGUGCACAUCAAAGAUCCCACACUGGGGAGAAACCCUAUGUGCGUAAGCAUUGUGGGAAAGCAUUUAGCAGUAACAGUAACUGUCACACUCAUGAAAGAACACACACCGGGGAGAAACCCUACCAAUGUAAGCAAUGUGGGAAAGCAUUCAUGAGAUAUAGCCACUGUCAAACUCAUGAAAGAACACACACUGGGGAGAAACCAUACAUAUGUAAGCAAUGUGGGAAAGCAUUUACAAGACAAUAUAGUUGUCAAAUACAUGAAAGAAAUCACACUGGGGAGAAACCUCAUGUAUGUAAGAAAUGUGGAAAAGCAUUCAGUACAAAAAGUGACUAUAAAAUUCAUGAAAGAGCACACACGGGGUUGAAACCCUAUGUAUGUAAGCAAUGUGGGAAAGCAUUCAGCAAAAACAGAAACUGCCAAAAUCAUGAAAGAACACACACCAGGGAGAAGCCUUAUGUAUGUAAACAGUGUGGGAAGGCAUUCACUACAUACCAUUACUGUCAAACACAUGAAAGAAAUCACAGUGAGGAGAAAGCUUAUGUGUGUAAGAAAUGUGGGAAAUCAUUCAACAGUAAGCAUAAUCUUGAAAUACAUAAUAGAACUCACACUGGAGAAAAACCUUAUCCAUGCGAGCAGUGUGGUAAAGCAUUCAGAACACAGAAUCAAUAUAAUGUACAUAGUAGAACUCACACUGGAGAGAAACCCUACAUAUGUAAGCAGUGUGGAAAAGCAUUCACUAGACAAUAUCGCUGUCAAAAACAUGAAAGAAUUCACACUGCAGAGAAGCCCUAUGGACAAGGGAUGUACAGAAAAAUUUAGUACAUACGUGCAUUAUAAAACAGGAUUGAACUCACACUUUGGAGAAAUCCUGUUUAUGUAAGCAACAUGGGAAAUGUUUCGGCCACAGAGUAAUUGUCACAUACAUGAAGGAAUUCACAGAGAAAUAACCCUAUCUAUGUGAGCAACAUGGGGAACCAUUCAGUACAUAAAGAAGCCAUCAAAUACAUGAGACAGUGCAUUCUGGAGAGAAGCAGUAUGCAUGUAUGCAGUGUGGGAAAAGAUGUGCUAUAAGGCCCUCAUUUUAUAACCAUAAAAGGAGCAUACACUGGGAAGGAUCUCUGAUUAGUAAAAAAGUGAGAAACAGUUCAACGGAAAGACACUCUUACCCUCAGAACUACGUCAUGCUUUGGUGAAAACAAUGUAAGCAGUGUGCAAAACGUUCAAUAUAGGGGGCUGGGGAUUUAGCUCAGCAGCAUAAGCGCCUGCCUUGCAAGCAGGUAGUCGUGAGUUUGAUCCCUGGUACCAAUGAAAAUGAAAAAAAAAGGAAAAUGUAUUCAAUAUAUAUGAGUGUUAUGAAAUACAUGAAAACAUUCACAGUGAAAAGAAUCCUACAUAUCUAAGACUUUAUAAAAUCCUUGAAAAACACUCAUAUAGAAAAGAUUACAGAAAAAAUUCAAAAAUUUCUAUAUUAAUAUUUGUUAAUAUUUUUUUUAAAAAAUACACUCCCAAAUGGGGAUACACUAAAGGGUUUCAAUGUGUAUUUUCCACUAAACCACUGAAGUAUCUGAUCUAUGUAUCAGUGAUCUUGACUAUUAAUCAUACUGUUUUCAGAAAAUUCAAGUAUGCUGAAGCUGUUUUGCCACGUUUUUGAUUCACCAAUUUCCAGUCCUCUUGAAUUACACCAGUUUCUCUUAUUACUGUUGUUUCUCACCCAGAUCAGUGAUUCACGUAAUGACUUAUCCAGAAUGACCCACACACGUAUGUACACUAAUGUGUUUUUUUAGGUUUUGUGGCAUGUCUUCAAAGCAUGGUGAUGAGAACGUAAAUAAUCAGAUAAACAAAUGUCUGAAAAAUUUAAAACUUUUAUCAGUUCCUAUUUACAUUGUAUACUGCAAGGGGACUUUGUAACAUCAUUGAUGUAUAUGACAUGCUUCAAUUCCCAUUCUUGGCUCUUCUCUAGCUUUUCCAUUGACUUCUUGUACCUAUUAUUGAAAGACCCAUUAUUGAAAUGACUGUUUCUUAUUUCACAUCGUGUACUUUUCUCUUAUGCAAGCAAAAUGUAAACACCAUGCCUCUUAUAUUUAAGUCGUUCAUCUAUGAAUAGCAGCAUCCUGAGUGUGCAAGUGUAUCAGGGUUUCACAUACAUUGCCUAAGGUGCAAAGGAAAACACAUGGAAUAUGAUUCCCAGGAAGAAAUAGUGAGUGAUGGAAAUGAUAUCCUAUUGUGACGCCAGUGUGCAGUACGGGCAUGUGAUAAUCAUAAGUGUGCAAAUUAAGUGCAUGAGAACUAAAGCAUUGGGUUUACCUAGCAAGAAAUUUCACACAGGGAUGCAGGGGGUAUAGUGCACAACCUUUGUCCCUGUCUGGCCAACUUUUGUGGUGUGGCACGUGUUAUAGCCUAACUGUAACUAAUGGGCCUCCAUCUUGUUCUGUAUGUGCCGCCCCAUAGGUUAAGUUUCAGUUCACGAAAAAGCUUGACUUGCAGCUUCUUGUAAAUUCCCUACCCCCUUUUCACUUGAUUUUGGUAAAAUGUGGCUGUUCCCCCGAGAAGUGUUUAACCGCAGAGUACAACGGAGUGUACCAAGAAUUCCAGAUUUUAUCAGAACUGAGUCAACAGCUUUGUGGGUUUUAGCUUUAAAUAUUCCACCCCAAGUCUGUAAGGCGCGCAGUAUCUGGGUCGAUCCUGAGGGGCCUGGAUUGCCAGGCCUGAAAUAAAGCUUUUAUUUCAAA